GAAGAAGGGUGAAAGUGGCUGCGAAGGGUUUCAGGAGGGUUUAGGGAGGGAUAAAGUGCGGGGUGGGGGUUGAGGAAGUUGGCAGUGACGACUAUGGUGGUUGGACUAAAUUGUUCUCCACUGUUUUGAUGAAACUCAAGCGCCCCUCAGAUUAGAAGCGCAUGAAGAAUUCAGAAGCCAGUAUUCUCUGAAGGAUAAAUCAAACCAUUCGAGGAAGCGAGGAGCCCAGUUGAAGCUAUCUCAGGAAAUAUUUUGGUGAGUCAGUUAUGUUUGGUUUUCUCUGUUCAAGACAGCUACUAGUACUCAAACACAGGAGGACCCAUUUGGGUUUUCUUCAGCAAACUGGUGCCUUUAUUGUCAAAUCGUUUACAUCAGUUGGUAGUUUAGUUGAAUCUAAUGAAAAACCAGAAGAGGAGAAACAUUCUUUUGUAGUGUCUUACCUCAUAAACUCUUGUGGGUUGUCCGCAAAAUCUGCAAUUUUAGCAUCCCGGAGCGUAGUAUUUCAGAACCCAGAGAAACCAGACUCGGUGCUGAAUUUUCUUAAAGAGAAUGGAUUCAGCAAUGCCCAGAUCACCCAAAUCGUCAGGAGUCAUCCACUGGUUCUUUUAGCUCACCCUGAGAAGACCCUUUUGCCCAAGAUUGAGCUUAUCCGUUCCAUAGGGGUUUCGAGCUCUGACCUCACUACCAUUAUUGCUUCAAACACAUUACUGUUCAAAACCAACUUAAAGAAACGUCUAAUCCCCUCCUAUGAUUUCCUUAAGACUGUACUUGUUGACGAGAAAGUCCUGACAACUUUCAAGCGCUCACCACGUGCUUUUCUAUCCGAUGUAACGAAUACUAUGGCUCCCAACAUUGCACUUUUGAGACAACUUGGAGCGCCUCUGUCUACAAUCUCUAUCUUCGUAAGUAAUUAUCCCUCAACAGCGUCUAUUAAUCAUGCUAGGUUUGUUGAGGCUGCCCACCAGGUUACGGAAAUGGGAUUUGAUCCCUUAAAAACGGUGUUUGUCCUGGCAAUCCAAGCAUUAUUGAAGAUGAGUAAACCAAAGCUGGAAUCAAGAUUGGAGCUUUAUAAGAGGUGGGGUUGGUCAAGGGACAUGGCCCUCGCAGCAUUUAAAAGGCAUCCAAAUUGUAUGGUAGUUUCAGAAGAGAAUAUCACGAAAACAAUGGAUUUCCUUGUGAACAAAAGUGGUUGGCCAUCAACAGAUGUUGCUGCAAAUCCUCAAGUUAUAAUUUUAAGCUUGGAAAAAAGAAUUAUCCCUCGGUGGUCGGUUGUUCAAAUUUUGCUAGCCAAGGGUUUGGUCAAGAAUAACUUGGCGUUGGGGACUUUCUUGCUACCGAGUGAGAGGGUGUUUUUGGAGAAGUUUGUGAGCAGAUUUCGGGAUGAUGUUCCUCAAUUGUUGAAAGUAUAUCAGGGUAAGAUGUCUGCUUCAUGUAGCAUUUCAGUCUGAGAAGUUGGCUGGAAAUGCAGCUCGUGACAACUAGAAGAAGAAGAUCAUUCCAAGGCAUAUUCUGCUGGCUUGGAGGAACGAUGAAGAGCUUGGGAAGUUACUUGCAGGUGUUACCAUUGCUCAUGGUGGUGUCCUUCCCAACACCAACCCUCUUCUCUUGCCGAAGAAGACGGUGGACAAGGCUGCCAAAGAGCCCAAGUCUCCAAAGAAGGCUUAGUUUUCUCUAGUCAAUCGAUUUGCUUCUUUUUCAUUUGUAUGCAAUCUGGGUGUAGGAUGGAUCUUGUUUUUUGUUGUUUGUUUGUAUAAAUUAUUUUUAAUUUACCACUGAUUUGUCUUUGUCAGGAAUUUACUUGCUCCUCACUUUCCGUCCAAACAAGCACCCAAAAUCUGCAAUAUUUGGAAAACUGCAUUUCAGAUUUGAGGGCUAAUUUUCCAAGUCUAUGUAAGGGCUUUUGGGAUACGAUUUUUCAAGAGAAAGGAGGCAUUAUUUCCAGUGAACAAAGAGCAUAUUUCUUUAUGUGCUAAGAGAGAAAAACUCAUGUUCUUAUGCUUUCAAUUGCUUCUCUUUGUUAGCCUUUGCUGUAAACCAUUACUGUUCAUCAACAACAAUCAAAGUCUACUGAAGUUCUAGAAAAGGAGAUCAAGUAGAAGAAUUGUCCAGAUAUUUUGGGAGAGCUAAUGUAAUAGAGGUAACGUGGGUCGCUUGUCUUCAUAAUUUUUUUGUAAUGGUUUGUGUGAUGAUAAAUUUUUAAAUUCCACAUUAUAUUUGUGAAUACCUAUUAAACCCCCCUUCUAGGUACUAGUGGAUUC